AUGCCUUGCCGCCUCGUUCCCCCGUCACUGACAGGCCGUCGUCUCGCGCCGCGCUUCGGGUCCGUGAGUCCAUUGCUCGCUGUCCUUGUCCCAACCUCCCCGGCAUACAGCAUCGUGUGCAGGUAUGGAACUGCCAACAGCGGCAACGGCACUGCUGCCGAGCCAAAGAAUGCCCGCAAGAGCGCUUUGCGUGACGCCGCCGCCGACAUCGCCGUCAACAGGGCACGACAGGACACAACGUCCGAGAAGGCAAUUGCAAGCGAAGCAAGCGGUGUGGAAGACUGGGAGUACAAUCCCAGUCUUAAAAUCGAAUCCUUUAAGGACCUACCUCAUGCCAACUUCGGCGUGAACCAGCAUAUACCCUUCGACGCCGAGUUCAAAGAAGUCCUGAAAGCGAUCCCAUGGCAGUUCCGUGCUCCGAUUCGUUACGCGUUUGCCUACGGUUCGGGGGUGUUCCCGCAAUCGAAGCCGACCGGCCGGGUCCCGACACCAGAAGAAGUUCGCGCUAUUCAUCCCAAAGCUCCCCCGGCUGUGGUGAGGGCACAAGAUGGAACCCCAAAGAUGAUUGAUUUCAUAUUUGGUGUCUCGCAUACUCAGCAUUGGCAUUCGCUCAACAUGAAACAACACCGUGACCAUUACUCGGCCCUCGCAAGUCUGGGCUCGGGUGCAGUCUCGUUUGUCCAGGACAAGUUGGGCGCUGGCGUCUACUUCAACCCAUACGUUGUCGUGAAUGGAAUCUUGGUGAAGUACGGUGUGGUGCAGUUGGACACAUUGGAGAGAGACCUGACUCAGUGGGAUACGCUUUACCUGGCUGGGCGGCUUCACAAACCCGUCAAGAUCCUGCGCGACGAUCCCAGAAUCCGCUUUGCCAACCAAAUCAAUCUUCUCUCCGCUUUGCGGACAGCGCUGUUGCUUCUUCCCCCCAGCUUUACGGAGGAAGAGCUUUAUGCGACAAUCGCUGGAAUCAGUUACCUGGGUGAUCCCCGCAUGGCUUUGCCUACCGAAAACCCACGAAAGGUAAAGAACAUUGUCGGCAAUAACAUGGCCAACUUCAGGAGGCUGUAUCUUCCUCUCAUUGAGACAUUACCCAACGUUGAUUUCAACGACCCUGCUGCCAGCGCGAAGGACUGGGUAUGGGACACGGAGAAGAAUCUCAAGCUUAUCCAGGAUAUGGACCCAGUCAAGCGCGGUAACAUGGUGCGGCGGCUACCUAAGGCAUUCCGCUCGCGCCUGUACACGCAGUAUCAGAAGAAGCUGGCCAUCCCGCAACAUCAGUUUGCCCAGUUGAUGGAAGAAGGCGAGAAAGAGGUCUCCGUAGGCUUUAGGAGGCUUGAGGGAGGUGGCUUUGACAGGCGGAUCGCGCAGGAUGACCCUGCCGAGCUGCGCAAUAACAUUCGCACGGUAAUCAAGCGUACGAUUAGUUGGCCUGCUACCACACAGUCACUCAAGGGCCCUCUUACCGCCGGCUUCCAGAAAACGUGGAGGUACCUGCGCGAGAAGAUGGACAAGUACCGUCAAGGGUCGGCUGCUGCGAAACAGGCCCCCGAGGAGGGCAAGAGCUCUAGCAGCAGCAGUAGCGGGGAAGGGAAACAAUGA